AUGAGGCAUGUCCCUAAGAAAUUAACGGACUGUCCGGAGAAUCUCCGUGAGUCCAUCGACUGGUUGAUCCAGGUUAGGCAUGGGAAUGGUAAGAAUGGUGAUGGUCUUACCAAGUUGUCUCAAGCUUUGAAAAAGUUGAUUGAGGAGGCUAUAGGUAAAGCUACUAAGUCCCUCCAAGCCGAAAAAUCUAAACUUGAAUGCCCUGUUAAGUACAAGGGAAAUGAGUCCACUUGCCAGUUCUACCAGAAGAAAAUUGAAGAAAUUAACUCUCAACAACCUCCAGAAUCCGGUAAGUCAAAAAAUGGUUUUACUAGACAGGACCUUGAAGAAGCUAAAAAACGCUGUGAAUCUAACCACACUUAUUACCGUGACGGUUCCAAGCAGAAAGCGUAUGAUGAAAUUACUGAGCGUCAGAAACAACUUAAAGAACUUGAAAGUAAGCUUACUAAAUUCACUGAAGAACUCAAUAAAGACGGUAAUAAUAAUAUUUUAACGCAUUUAUGUGACGGCCUUCAGACUUUCCUCGGCUUCAACUCUGCUACGAAAGGCUACGACGGCAGUGGCAUUGUGUACUCUGACCUUGACAGGCUGUGCGACGGGGUGAUGGCGUUUUUGAGUGGUGUGCUUGGUGCGGUGAAAAACGAAAAUGAAGUUGAAACAUACGACAAACAUCUUAAUAAAAGACUUAAUGAAGUACUAAAAGAGGUAAAUAAUAAAAUUGGCUCCGGGCGUACUGGGCUUGCGGCGUCUGUCGGCGCGGUGAAGGGGUGGUUGGAGGGGUAUGAGGGGGAAGUAAAAAAGAGAACAGAAAAUGUUGUUGAUAACAUAGGCAAAUUAAUAAUAAAUUUAAAUAGCCAUAGUAAUGUAGUAAACUCUAAAAAAGUCGAUAACCUUGAAAAACAGUUGGAGUCAUGGAACUCCACGGUGUCAGACAUCGCUCGUGAAAUUGAGGUGAUUGAAGAAGAAAAAAUAAGUAAGCUAGAUAAAGCUCUCAAAAUCAAAAUUAACAGUGAAAUUAAAGUAGUUAAGACAUCUGUGAAACUGCUUAAAGACAGUGCUCUCAAUGUUGCGUUGGUUAGGAAGGUGAAGGAUGUGGACGAGGCACUCAGGAACAAGGAGGAAGAAAUUAAGUGGAAAUUGAUGCAGGCAUUUUCGGAUGUUGGUAAACGUGUGCAGUCGUUGGAGACAUGUAAAGAUCAACAAAUUUGGCUUGUGAAAAAGACUAUAGAGAAGGCUGACGCUUUCUUAGACAGAUCAUUUUACACGGAAUAUAUAUACAAAAUUUUGGCGUCUUUCAAUCAGAUAGAGAGUGAAGUUAAGAAUGUCUAUAAAAGCUUGAAUGCUAAUAAAGGGGUGCUUGUCACCUUAGUUGGUGAGGCUAGGAGUCUCUCGGGUGCGAUUAAAAAUGGAGUUAAAAAAGGUUCUGACAGCCGAGGCGAUCUCAGCUUACAGCAUCAGUGGAGUGAUUUCAAAGAACAUGUUACAACGCUUGUUAAGGAACUCAACGGUACGGAUCGCGGUCAUCCAGGUCCCAAUAUAAAUGGGCUAUUUCACGAUAUUGAGUACGGUAUCGAGACGUAUGCCAAACAGUUCGAGAAUACGAGGAAUGGUGAGACGGGAUUCAAUGGUUUAGUGCAAAAAUGGCUGACGGAGCUAUUGCAAAGUGUAACGAUUACUGCCGCGCUGGGAGAUUACGUUAAGGAUAACAAGAAGGCGAACAUGGAAACCAUUUUUGACAACGUAGAGGAGGGAAUUAUGGAAAUUGCUAAGGCGAUUGCUGGGUUGCUUAGUACAGAGAUUGAGGCUGCCAUUGGAGCAGCAACUGCUGCAGCUAAAAGCGGCGAAAACGGGAUAGAGAGGUACGUUAAUGCUAUCAGUGCUUGCUGCAGUACAUUUGCAGGAAGGCUUGAAGCGAGAAUAACCGAAGACAACCCAGUAGCUUCCACAGGUACUAAGUAUGCUCUUUUCCGUGACAUAGCCACAGCAAUGGAUACUUCGAUUAAGAGGACAACGAAGACGCCAAUCAAUAAAGACAAAUCUCAACUAUCGCACACUAUAGAACUCUUACUCCACAAACUAGUUGUCGCUGCGAAACAAACAGGGACAGAACUUUUGGAAUUCACCGGUAUGGCCAAUGAACUUGAUGUAGACUCUGACGGUAAGCAGCGGUAUGAUCUUGGCAAAAAUCUCAACGAUGCUAUGGAUAAGGUUGGAGGGAUUUGGGCGCAGCUCAAAAGCGGCGCUGGACAUCAGAUUGACACAGCAUUGGACUUGGUGAUUGCUAAGAUUGGUGAUCUUGAAAAAUUGUUACAGAAUACAAAUGGUCAAAUAAGCUUAAAGAUUGAAGACAUUCAAGAUAACAUAAACAGGCUUGAAAAACUGCAAAAUCGUAGAGAAGAUGGACGCAACAGAGAAAGUGAUGUGGUCAUAGACAGGAAAGGAGAGGAGGCCGAUAGGCUUAUGAAAGAGUUGAAAAUAGACCUCAAGCACAAACUCAACGAAAUUACUGUAGCUGUAAGCAAUGCGGGUUACGCAUUAGACACCGCCAUUCAAUCACUCCUAACCACCCUCAACAAAUCUAAAGAUCUAUGUUUACAAUCCGUCACCUCCGCCUUCACCACCGUCACCUCCGAGGUCCGCGCCCUCUUCUCCGACGCCCACAAAGCCGACCUGGCUGCGCUCAAGACGCUCGUCGACGGGCAGAAGGCGGAGAUUGAGAGGAUCAUUGAGCAUGAUAAACAUAAUGGUCUGAAAGGUCUGUUGAUUGAUAAAAUUAAGGAGGAAACGCACAGUAAACUUGAUGACUUUAUAAGAAUCGCUGCUACUCCAAUUGCGCAUGGUGCUCACCAGUCCCAGUUGUUCACGGAAAUGUCAGAGAAAUUCCAGUGGUAUUCUAAAUCCAUCUUAGAUUACAUCAGAUUCCAGCUGCGAACUCCUCCAAAAAUCCCGGGGCAGGAAUCAGAGCCCAGCGAGGUGUCCAUAAAGGUUGGAAGCAUCAGACUCAGUCUUGACAGAUUGCUCGACCACCUCGAAAAACCGAAAUUAUACGCCUACGAUCACAAAUUCGUCGACUUACUCAAAGAUCUUAAUGACCUCGUUACCGCUUUACACCCCUCAUCUUUCGCCGACUCCCCCUCCCCCCUCCUCGCCCCCCUCAAGACCGGCCUCUCCGCCUUCACGCAGCAACUCGGCCACGCGUACGUGAACAGGUAUAGUGGGAAACAAUUCCGGGGUCAAUUGGUUGAAACUAAGCAAACUAACGUUAUGAAAGAUGGCAGAACAACCAAUGAAUCAAAAGAGGAUUUAACCCCUGAGGGCCGGAACUGCGCCAAGGUCUGCCUGACGAUAGUGGAGAUGGUCUAUGAUGCUUUUGAAGAAUUGAAAAAGAAAUGCAGUAACGAUUGGUACGGCAAACAAAUUAAUGCCAUUAGUAGUUUAGGUGGUUAUCUUAAGCGGAACGGCUAUAUUGUUUCGACUGGUUCCUCCAAGCAAGACGGGGAGUUGCGCAAUACGGGUGACAUGAUGGGUCAGCAUAUUAUCAAAAAUCUCAUUGGCGCAAUCACAGGCAGCGAAGGAAAUGGGCAUCUUCAAAAGUGUAAGGACGAUGACAAAAACAACUCAGAAGAAAAAGUCACGCAAGUUGCAUCGCCAGCACAGGUCAAUGUCAUGGCCAUACUCAAAUGCCUGUUCAGACACAUCCGACAAUAUAAUGAGGUCGGUCACUUCGUAAUUCACUCUAAACCUAAAACGCCUUGCAGUAUAUACGAAAUGUUGGUAUGGUUCACAGGGCUUACGUAUAACAGAGCCUAUCAAGCGUUGCAAGAUGACGGUUUCACAGGCCUACUUGUGAAGACUAAGAACCAUGUAGUAGAGAGGGACGACGACUUUGAAGUCGAAUACGUCGACAAGUCAUCCUACUACAUAGAAGCGUACCCACAGAAAAUCACGUACGAAGAAAUUAUGAAGUCGAUCAAUGACAUGUGCACCAACUCCCAUGAGCUGCUCACCACCAUCCUCGGCACA